GGCACGCAGGGGCACGCGGCUGUGUCAAGUUGGAUGUGCACAUUGUGCAUUAAUUGUAUUAAUAAACACGGAUUCAAGUCGGGAACGGGCUGGCCAAUGAAAGGAUGGCUGCUCUGUUCCUUUUAGCAGUCGGUUUAGCUGCAAUCGUAACACCGAGCUCCACCCAAAAUGUUUUUUACGGUGAGGCUGUGCACGAAUGCCCUCUACAUUGGCUUCAAUUUCAAGAAUCAUGCUAUCGAUUUGUAAAGAGUCCAAUAAGGAUCAGGGAGGAUGCACGCAAGAAUUGUCAAGCGUAUCAAAGCGAUCUAGUUAGUAUUAAUUCUGUGGAAGAACAUGGGUUUUUACUGUACCAAUUGUUGUGGCAAGAUCCUCAACAUCGUAAGUGGUAUACAGGGGCUCAUCUUCAAGGAGGAGUAUGGGUGAAUGAACCAGAUGACUCUCAGUUAACUAAUAUGGAAAAUGCAUUUCUUCCGGAACCGAAUGAUGGCGUAGUAGGAAGAGAAUAUUUGGCUUAUGCAUUUAGUGAUGGAUUGAAAAGAUGGGGCUUGGAGAGAAUAACGGGCCAAGAUGAACUCGUGUACAUCUGUGAAGCUCCUGUUUCCUUUUUACAUAAUUUAGUGGAGGAUGACCGUACUUAUGAAUAUGGAAUUGAAAUUGAUAAUCCUAAUCGAAUUCCACGAGGACCUUAUUUUAUUAAGCAGCCAGUGAGUAAAGUAUUUGAUGUCUCAAAAAGAAGGUCAACCAAUGAUAUUUCUUUGAGUUGUCUUGCUGGAGGAUAUCCCACUCCCACUUACGAAUGGUUCAAAGAAGACUAUGAAAAUGAUAGAUUAAUCGCGACAAAGAUAAAUCCAUUGUCAGAUAAUAGAUAUACAGUAAGUGGUGGUAUGCUGAUCAUUUUUGAGCCAGAACAGACUAAAGAUCGUGGAUCUUACCAUUGCAAAGCAAGCAAUAAAUUUGGAACGAUCAUGUCUGAAAGUGUCCAAUUAUCCUUUGGAUAUAUUCUGGAAUUUAACUUAAAACGUUCGGAAGAACGUGGUGAUCAACACUGGGGGAAGGCAGUGUACUGUGAUCCACCUCAACAUUUCCCAGGAGUUAAGUACUAUUGGACGCGUGAUUUCUUCCCCAAUUUUGUAGAGGAAGACAAACGAGUAUUUGUCUCUUAUGAUGGUGCUCUUUAUUUCUCUGCACUGGAAAUGAUCGAUCGAGGCAAUUAUUCUUGUAAUGUUCAAAGUGUGGCUUCAGAUACCGGUCGUAACGGCCCCUUCUUCCCCCUGAAAGUGGAAGCCCAUUCAUCCUUUCAACAAUUGAAAUUUCCCAACAACUUUCCCAAAGCAUUUCCGGAAGCCCCAGUUGCCGGAGAAGAAGUCAGAAUAGAAUGCAUUGCUUUUGGAUAUCCUGUUCCAUCUUAUAACUGGACAAGAAGGGGUGCGCCAUUGCCACGCAGUGCUAUUGCUACAAAUUACAACCGAAUACUAAUUAUUCCACGAGUACAAGUCGAGGAUCAGGGAGAAUAUGUCUGCAGAGCCCACAAUGAACGUGUAUCCAUAGAAAAUUCUGUUCAGUUAACUAUACAAGCUGCCCCGAAUUUCACUAUUCCCCUUAUCGACAAACACAUGGAUAACAAAGGAGAACUUACAUGGACUUGCGAAGCUUUUGGAAUACCUGAUGUAUCGUACAGUUGGUUCAGAAAUGGAGAAGUGCUGGACAUGUUCACUCUUCCACCGGAGGAUAAAGAUCGAUACUUUAUACGAGAUAAUGUGCUCACAAUUAAGUACCUGGAUCCAGAAAGGGAUCAAGCUAUGUACCAGUGCCGAGCUAGAAAUCAAUUGAAAACUACAUAUUCAUCUGCUCAACUUAGAGUGUUGUCAUUGAAGCCAUCUUUCAAGAAGCGCCCAAUGGAACCUGAAACUUAUGCAGCAGAAGGAGGUAACGUGACAAUUGUGUGUAAUCCUGAAGCUGCACCGAGGCCAAAGUUUGUUUGGAAGAAGGAUGGAAAUGUAAUUGGUUCCGGUGGACGAAGAAGGAUUCUUGAAACCGGUAGUCUCAUAAUUAGUCCUGUGUCCAGAAACGAUGAAGGUACAUAUGUAUGUACAGCUUCAAAUCAGUAUGGAAACGAUGAGAGUCGAGGACGACUAAUAGUAUUACGUGGUCCCAGGUUUACUGAGUUCAUGAAUCCUCGAGUGGUGACAGCAGUGAACCAGAACCAGACACUGCGUUGCUAUGCCGACACAGAAGAAAUUUUGGACGUUGCAUACAUUUGGACCCACAAUGGAAUGGUGAUCAGAGACAAAGAUCUUACUGCAAAUCCCAGGCUGCGAAUCGAAGAAGGUGUCCUCGACAUCAUUAACGCAACAUUUGCCGAGGCAGGAGACUACGAAUGUAUAAUAAAGAGUGCAGUAGGCAAAAUCUCGACCAAGACCACAGUAAUCGUAGAAGGUCCUCCAGGUCCUCCGGGUGGAGUGCAAGUAGUCGAUGUUGCCAAAACUUCUGUGACAUUACGCUGGACCGAUGGUGCCUUCAAUGGCAGACCCAUUAUCAUGUACAGUGUCAGCGCUAAAACGAAUUGGAAUCAAACCUGGUUCAACCUGACUGAAAACAUCACUGCCAUCGAGGUCGACAGGUACAACGACCGGAAAGAGGCUUUCUUAGAGAACGUCUUAAAUCCAUACACGACAUACGAGUUUCGAAUAGCAGCGUUCAACGUGCUGGGCUACGGCAAUCCUUCGGCCCCGUCUCCUCAGUACAGCACACCUUCGGAUAAACCUACAAAGGCCCCGUCCAACGUUGGAGGUGGUGGAGGCAAGAUCGGAGACCUGACGAUAACAUGGAACCCUUUGAAGUCAUCCGAGCAAAACGGCCCCGGCAUACACUACAAGGUGUUCUACCGUCGAAAGAACGACGAGACCGAGUUCCAAACCGUGGUGCUGAAGGAGCAUGGAAACGUAGGAAUGUGCGUUGCGAACAUUCAGCAGAAGUACUACUACACCGAGUACGAGGUCAAGGUCCAAGCGAUCAACGACAUAGGGUCAGGUCCUAUCAGCGAGGUGGUGACCAUCUUCAGCGCCGAGGACAUGCCGCAAGUAGCGCCUCAGCAAGUCUCCGCUUUAGGCUACAACAGUACAGCUUUGAACGUCAGCUGGGCACCCAUUCUGCAGACCAGAGAAAGAGUCCGCGGCAAACUUAUAGGCCACAGGAUCAAGUAUUGGUUGGAGAAAGGCCGAGAGGAGGAUGCCGUGUACUACUUGUCCCGCACGACUCGACCAUGGUCUCUGGUCGUUGGUCUCCAACCUGACACCUAUUAUUACGUCAAGGUGAUGGCUUACAACUCAGCAGGAGAGGGUCCGGAGAGCGAACGGUAUCUCGAGAGGACGUAUCGCAAAGCUCCACAGAAACCACCGUCCUCUGUUAACGUGUAUGGAGUCAAUCCCUCUACCGUCAGGGUGGUUUGGAGAUACGUCCAGCCCAGUCAGGAGGAGGAACCACUGAUUGGGUAUAAGAUAAGGGUUUGGGAGGUCGAUCAAGAUAUGAGCACCGGGAAUGAUACGAUCAUCCCUGGGGGUUCUAAGCUGGAGGCUGAUAUUACGAAUCUCAGUCCUGGCAAGGCGUAUCAUCUACGAGUACUGGCAUUUAGCAAUGGCGGGGAUGGUCGGAUGUCCAGCCCCGCUCAUACUUUCCAAAUGGGCGAAGCUGCCGCCUUUAGAAGCAGCGCUGGGGAGAGAAUAUUAAAUGCUGCGCUAGGAAUCAGCGCAUUAUUUUUAUUGAGAGUUUUUAACUUCGCGUAGAACUAAGUUCUAAGGGCAUCGAAUCGAUCACUUCACGACCGAGUCAUCGCUUAUUUCGGCUAGAAUUUUAUCCGGGUAUCUGGCAGUCUUUGUCAUCCUUUGAUGCGAAGUUUUCUUCAUACUCUCGGAAUCCACAUUUCACGAGUAUUGCUGUACGCAUCUGUACUAUGAUUGCGGUGGAAUUUUGUAUUUGAAAACCGGAACAUCGCAAUGGUCUACAAUUUUACGAUUACUCUCACCGCUAAUUAGAAGCUAUUUUUCGACCGAGUUUUUAAUACCAUAAAAUGUUAGUAUCUAACUUAGGGAUAAAAGUAAUUAUAAUUUAGAGAAGCAGAUUAACUUGGAAGUAUGAUCUGACAUGGAAAGAUGCGUGGGUAUCUAUGAGCUGUUUAAAGAACUUCAAUUUAUUUUGCCUUCAUUGAUUUUUGCAUAUGGAAAACAGUGGCAAUAACGCGAGGCAAUGAUGCCUUAUAUAAAUGUAUAUAAAUCAGGUUAAUUAAUGUAUAGGUAAUGAAUGCAGGCCAUACUCGGAGGCAGCUAACUCUGAACUACAGUUUUUACGGGAAAUUUCGGAAACGUACGGACGUCUCCAUGAUGUUGCGAAUCGCCGACAUUGUUGCAAUACGUUCGCAAGGAUUUAGAGCGUACCGAAGUGUUCUUACCUUACCAUUGUACGUGAUGUAGAUAAGAAUAUAGAGACAAUGAAUGUCUGCUUCGUUCAGAAAUAAGCAAAUUUUGGGCCGGUGCAGUUGUACAGUAGCAGUAAAUACCGCAUCUGUGUCAGUUGACUCACAUGAUACUCGACUUUAACCUGAUGAAAAAGAUGUCAUUCGAAGCCGCUACGGUAUUAAUCACUCGCAUGUCUAACAUUCCAUAACGAUAUUAAUACCAGAUCUGUAUAAAGAUUGAUUCCUACAUUUCCAUCUGGCGACUGUGAAAUUAUACAUUAGCAGAGAUUAUUCCUAACAGGGCCACGAUAUUUGACAAUCGGAUUUGUAUAUAAGUAUUGGGAUUUAUUGAAAAGAAGAAUUGUCGGUGCAACAAAGAAAGGCGUAUUUUAUACAUUUCACGCGAGCCAGAUGUAUGUUAGGUUUCGUUAAUGUUCGUAAUCAUAUCAAAGAUAUUGGUCGUAAUCUGGGUAAGAUGCAUCAGGCAGACCCAGUCAUGAUGCGCAUUUUACAUUUACUUAGAAUGUAGCACGUACUAUUUCGACUCGGCUUGUACGACUUGCUACCAUUCAAUAAUCCAUUGCUGUGUAGCAUAACUUUCCGUCCACGUAUGCCCAGGAAAUCAGUUCGUUUCGGGGAUCGUUAACUCUACGCACAGAGUUACGCGUUUUAGGGAACGUCAAGCCUUCCGAAAGGUGUUUAACAAUAAGGUAACUGGUUCCGCAGCAAAAUUACCUGGGUACUUUUGCGUAGCUCUAGAAUAUAUUUCACAUAGCUCUAUCGUAAAAUGACUGUGUAUUGCGAAAGCGCUCUUUUUUUACGAACAUUAUUUCGAGUUCUUUUUUUACCAGACGUCGAUAUACUUCGUUUGUAUGAGCAUACACCACGUAAAAGUGAGGAAAGGCGAAAUAAAUUUUAUACUACAGACCAAAAA